CGGCCCUGCCCCCAUAACAAAAACGCUGCGACGCAGACGACGACCCCACCGUCCCUCUCCCGCCUCGUUGCGUGCCCCCGCCGCCGCCUCGACGUCCACCGGCGACCCAGCCGCCCGCACGCGGCCGGCUCCACGCCGGGUGGCCUCCUCCGCCCCUGCCUCUGCCGCCGCCUCGGCUGCCGCGGCCCGCGCGCGGACGGCCGGCCGCGACGACCCAUGGCGGCGACCGCGGAUCCGAGGGCGAAGCCGCCGCCCGCGGCGUCGUCGCACCACCUGAUGAAGCCGUGGGCGCCGCAGCCGCCUCCUUCUCGCGCCCACCGCGUGCCCUCGCUCCCGGGAGUCGCCGAGGGAGGCGGCGCGCGCGAUCGGCGCCGCUCCGCCUCGUCGCACCGACGUGUCGGCGCCGGCGCCGUGGAGGAGGACCCGCCGACCUGUGAAGGCCAGCUGGAAGAUCUCCGGGCCAAGCUCAUGGGCCACCUCCGCGACGCCGCCGACCGCCUCCGCCUGCCGCCGGCGCCGAAGCCGCAGCCCCGGUCGCCGGAGCUAGAGCCCGAGCGUCAGCCUCCGGCAGCGCCGCUUCCACCGCCCCCGCCGCCCGAGCAGCUGGAGCCCGGGGCCCCAGCGGCAACGGCCGCCCGGCCGUGGAACCUGCGCGACCGCAAGUGCCGCCGGCAGACGGCACGUGGGGCGGCCGCGGCGCUCGACGCGUCGCCCGCGUGGGAGCCCGCGGCGGAGAAGGCGCGGGCCGACGACACUCGCGCGCCCUUCGCCGUGGCGCUGACGGCGGAGGAGGUGGAGGAGGACGUGUACGCGCUGACCGGCGCCCGGCCGCGGCGGCGUCCCCGGAAGCGGCCGCGCGUCGUGCAGCGGCAGCUCGAUUCGCUGUUCCCCGGGCUGUGGCUCACCGAGAUCACCGCCGACGCCUACAAGGUCCCCGAGGAGUAGCGCGAGCAACCCGCCACCACCUGCAGCUCCGGCGUCCGUCCGCCCGGCCGGCGGCCGGCGGCGGCUGGUUCUUCUCCACCAUUCUAUACCCUUGUUAUGAGUCACGGAAAGCAUCAAGCACAACCUGUCUGUAACUAGCUAGGUCUAGUCGAGCUGAUGAUAGGUACCUGUGGUCGCUCGCCAUGUCCCACCCCGUGUAACCUUUUUCCCCCUUCACUUAAAAAUCUUAAGCAGUGAGUGUGUCGAUCGAUCUCUCGCUGUCUGGUGUA